GACCAAAAUCCAACACCUGGCAAAAGGGAAUGGUGACUCUUCCCGACUCAUCAGAGAUCAGACUCGCCAACGCACGCCCGACGCUUCCAAGGAGGAGGAGGAGGAGGAGAAGAGGAAGAAGAGGCGUCUGUACUCGCUCUUUUCUCGGAGUUGAUCGAUUUCCACGCCCGUGAAAUGAUGAGUUUGGGGUCUUUGGGCAACGGAGGCCCGCCAUCAUCAACCUCCAAUUUGUCAGCUUCGGCCCCCCCUUUCACCGUCGGUCGGUCCUGUUCCAACCCUAAUUCCAGCCCGCUCGUACAUUUCACUGAACCGCCUUAUGCCGUGCCCUUUCUUCCCUCUUUCCACAAUUGGCAGCAUUAUUCACAAUCUUCGUCUUCUGGCCCUGAUUUAUACUCGAAUCUUGACUCAGAGGUCGAUUCGAUUCGGACCACAUCUCUGCCUUUGUGCAAUGAUUAUCAAUACGUGGGUGGUUCGCAUUCCGCCAGUUCUGUAAACCCUAAGUUAGGCACCCAUAUGCCUCCGCUAAACACUAAUUCAGAUGCUGCAACGGAUGCAUUUACUUUUCUGCACUAUUCAAGUGGCAUGCCAAGUAAUGCUGUAGAAUCCAAACCAUAUUAUCCCCCACUUGUCUCACCUGUGGUCGGUGAUAAUAUCCCUUUGGUGACCGUGAAUAAAACUGGCUAUAAUUUGCCCUCCACUUCAUGCGCUGCGCCCUUGGAUGUAACUUAUCCAGUUGAUUAUGCUCAAAGUUUGUCUGGCUGGGGUAGCUUUUGGAGCAGGUUGGCAGACGAGGAGCUGGCUAAAUGGGUAGAACUUGAACGAGGUUUUGGCUUGGGGGAUACAAAUGAUGCUAAGCAGACAAAUGAUCCUGGUUCAUUUGUUUGCGAGGAUAAGAAAAACCAAGGGGCUUAUAUGGAUGAGGGUUCCGAAUGUGAAAAGGCUUCUGCAAUUACACAUGGAAAAUAUGUUGAAGUUUGGGGAAAAGAAUUCCCAACUGUUUCUCAAAGCACAGGAAGGUUGAAUGAUAAAUCCUCUUCACUGCAAGAUCCCAUGUUUAUUUCCAGUGAAUCUUCAAGAACAUCUUUCACAGGAUCAAGCUCAGCAAUUCUGGAAUCUCAUGCACAGGUCCAAUCUCUAGAAUCAACCACAAAUUUGUGGGAUAAUCAAAAUUCAUACAGUGCAUUUCAUGAUAAGUGCUUCCAACCAUUUGAUUCUUACACAAGUGAUCACAUAUCAGAAAAAAGAUCCUGCACUGCUCCUUUCAGCAGAGCACCAUCCACUGACACCAAGUCUACAGUUCCAAAUACAGUUUCAUCUGUAGAUGUACUCUCUAUUGGUGAAGUUGCUGCUGCCGAUGUAAAGGCUAAAGAAAAGAAAUCUCUCUUGCCUCUGAUAUAUGGGAAAGAGGGUUGCCUAGAUACUAGCCGUGUCAGCUUGAAUGUGGAAAGAACUGAUCGUGUCAUUUUUGAAAAAUGCCCUACUAGUAAUGAAAUGAAAACCACUACUGAUCGCAUGUCCAAAGACGGACCAGAAUAUCAACUUCCUGGUGUGAAUUUCCCAGUUGCCUUGGCCUCGACACCUGAUUGUACUAAAGGCUUUACUACAGUUGAGGACUCUUUAGAGAGCUCAGAUCAUUGCCAUCCUGCUGUGGAUUCCCCAUGCUGGAAAGGUGCCCCAGCCUCUUCUUCUCCUCUCCCCAAGGCUUCGCAAGCUGUAAAAGCAUGUAAUUGUCUGAAUCUUCAGCAGGCUCAGAUUUUCCCUCCCCGUGCUGAUGAUAGGAAGAAGGUACCCUGGCCAAAGUUAUGUGAAAAGAGUGUUUAUGAGGAGAAUGAAUAUGUUGAACUUGGUUCAUUGCUUUGUCCAGGAAAACCUCCAAAUGCUAAUUACCUAACUAGAGAUCAUGAUUCAGCUGACACAGGGGAAGCAGGAUAUGAAUAUCAAAAAGAGAGCUGUAGAAAUAGAGUUCAAAUUUCUAAUGACAUGAACAAAUGUGAAAAAGAGCACGGUAUGGCCAGUGACUCAAAAAGUGGUUCUGAUUUGAAAUCUCCUCACACCGAAAUAAUGAAUCUUGACGAGGGUGUAUUUAUAUCUGAAAGAGAUUUCAAAUUGUGUGCCAAUGUUGUGGAUACUGGGUUGAAUACCGAUAUUACCUCUGGAGAUGGUCCAUUGCCAUUCCAUGGUGUGGAAAGUGCUACUAAUUUGUCUUGUUCUGAAGAUGUCAAUAAGCUGGCCAAACCGCAGGGGACAGAAUCAACUCCGAAAAUGAAUAUCCAAAUGCUGAUUAAUGGAAUACACAACCUUUCAGAAUUGCUUCUGCAUUGUUACUCAAAUGAUGCCUCUGCAUUAUCAGAACAAAAUCAGAAGGCCAUUGCACGUGUAAUCAGCAUUCUGGAUGCAUGCAUUUCAAAAAAAAAUGUAAAUAUGAUCCCAUCACAUGAGCCAGUUUUACCCCAACGAGAAACUUCUGAUUUUAGAGACGGACUUGACCUUCAUAAGGAUGCUGUUUCAGACAGGACUUCAGUGGCGAAGGAACCAGGUGCUAGUUCUUAUUGUCAGUUUAGUUUCGACUGUGAAAAUGAGAUAAAGAGGAAUUGUAAUGUUUCUAGCAAGGAAGUUGAGAAAAAUCUAGAUUUGGUUUCUUCAGGGAGUGAUGUAGGCAUUGCAAAAGAUAAGGUUGUCCAGGCUAUAAAGGGGAUUCUUGAGGAGGACUUCACUAACGAGGAAGAAAUGGAAUCAGAUAUUUUCUUGUACAAGAGUCUAUGGCUUGAGGCUGAAGCUGCUUUAUGUUCCAUCAGUUGCAGAGCUCGCUUCAAUCGUAUGAAGAUUGAGAUGGAGCACCGCAAGUUGGACAAAGCAAAAGAAAGUACUAAUACUGUCGAGAAGCUACUGAACUUCAAGGUCUCUCCUCAUCCAAACAAAGUGAUAAAUGAAGGUAAAGAUAGCCCAUUGUCCAAAUACUCGAUUCAGAAUUCCCCUACUUUAGGUGCUAAGGUUGUUGGUGAUGUUGAGAAAGGGUCACAUAACUCUAAGGUUCCUGGUGAUUCGAAGGUGAUAUUUCACAAAGUGCGGGUGGUGGAAGAUAGCGCAAUGGCACACAAGUCCAUAAGUGAAAAAACCAAGGGGGUUGAUGAUGUUGAGGCCUCUGUUAUGGCCAGAUUCAAUAUCCUAAAAUCCAGGGGAGAGAACUCAAAUUCGGUCAGCACGGACUCGCAACAAUUGGCAAAGGAGGUUGACACCGGAUUUGCGUUCAAGCUUGAACACUGGCCAUUGACUGGAAACUCACCACCUGACAGAGGAAGUUUGGGCAUGUCCUGGGGAUCCUAUUUGCAGUAUUCCAGUGGCAAGGGUACAGUCGAGGAAUCUGGCUCAUGCUUAGGUGGAUCCGAUCAGGAAGCUGCCAGAGAGUGUGAUGUACGGGCUUCAAAUGAUCGGGUGAUCGAACCUUGUGCCAAAGACAGGCUAGGAUGUCAGCUUCCUUGGGGAUCGGUGUGAGGGUUCUUCAUGAGAUUGUUGGGAGUAACCAACUACUAGUGAUGGAAUUGGGAAUUGGCAAACUCAGAGUCUCCCCACAGGUAAAUAAGAAGACGUCUUCUUCUGGUUUGAUGGAUUGUAUCUAUGGAGAUUUGAUGUACAUUUUGGCAAGUUCUCCAGGCUAUGCCUUGGUUGGUUGGUGCGAGGCUGUUGUUUUAUCCGAUUAUGCUGCUUUAUUUAACUUAGCUAAGAUGACCAACCAAUUAUAUAUUCUAUCAUCAUCCAUCAUCACUUGGGCUUGGCGUUGUUGGCCCGAUUAUUAGUUACUAUAAGAGUUGUGACAAUUUUCAUUUCAUAUAUGAAAAUGAAAAUGCUUCUUGCA